UAGCAUUUUGUGAAUGAAAGUUUGGAAAAAAUUAAAGAGUUGAAUUUUUGAAAGAGAUGUACAAGAGAAGAGUGCAAAAGCCUAGGAGUUGGGAGAGUUGGUUUAUAUUGAGGAAGAUCACAGAAUGGAGAUUCCAAGUCAUAAUACUUGUGGUUUGCCUUAUAGUUUUUGUUUACCAUCCAAUCGCUCCCCGGCCCUUGUCCGAGACAUGGCCAUCAGAUGAUGGGUACGAAUCAUCGGAUUUGGAGAUGGACUGGGGCGAGAUAUCAAAAGUAGUAAAUGAAUUAGGAGAGGAUGGAAAAUUCAAUCACAUAGGCAUUCUCAACUUCAACAUGAAAGAAAACCAUGAAUGGAAGCAAUUGAUUCCCCAUGCCAACCAGACAGUCCUAAGUCUAGAUCACGCAUCGAGCAACGCAACGUGGGAGGUCCUUUACCCUGAGUGGAUCGACGAGGAGGAAGAGGUGCAAGUCCCCGUCUGCCCCUCCCUCCCCAGAGUUGCACCGCCCAAGCAGCGCCUCGACCUUAUCGCUGUCAAGCUGCCCUGCCACAAGUACAAGUGGUCCAGAAACGUUGCACGACUGCAUUUGCAGAUCGCGGCUGCGGAUCUGGCAGCCGUACACAAGGGGGCCCAGCCCUUGCAUAUUCUCCUCGCCACGACCUGCUUCCCCGUGCCUAAUUUGUUCAGAUGCGAGGAUCUUGUCACACGUAGAGGCAGCAUUUGGUUGUACAAACCAAAUUUGGGGAGAUUGAGGGAUAAGCUUCGUCUUCCAAUCGGGUCCUGCCAGCUGGCACUUCCACUUGGCGGGAUAGAAGAGCAACCAUACUCAAUACCGAGAAAGAGGAGGCGGGAGGCGUACGCGACUGUGCUUCAUUCGAACUAUGUCUACGUUUGUGGAGCCAUCUCGGUAGCACAGAGCAUCAGGAUGUCCAGGUCCGACAAGGACCUGGUAAUCCUGGUGGACGAAUACAUCAGCACCUCCCACCGAGCGGGGCUGGAAUCCGCCGGGUGGGAGGUGCGCACCAUACAGCGCAUCCGCAACCCUAAAGCCGAGAAAGACGCCUACAACGAGUGGAACUACAGCAAGUUCCGGCUCUGGCAGCUCACAGACUACGACAAGGUCAUCUUCAUCGACUCAGACCUCCUCGUCCUCCGCAACAUCGACUUCCUGUUCACCAUGCCAGAGCUCUCCGCCACCGGGAACCACGAGCACAUGUUCAACUCGGGCGUGAUGGUCAUCGAGCCAUCCAGUUGCACCUUCCAACUCCUCAUGGACCAUGUCAACGACUUAGAAUCCUACAACGGCGGGGACCAGGGCUACCUGAACGAGAUUUUCACGUGGUGGCAUCGGAUCCCGAGGCGGGUGAACUUCCUGAAGCAUUUCUGGGUAGGGGAUGACGCGGUGGCAAGAAAGAAGAAGAACCAUAUGUACGAGUCCGACCCUCCCGGGAUGUACGUGCUGCAUUAUCUGGGGAACAAGCCGUGGAUGUGUUUUAGGGACUAUGAUUGCAACUGGAAUGUGGAGCAGUUGAGGGAGUUUGCUAGCGACGCCGCGCACGCGCUGUGGUGGCGGGUGCACGACGCGAUGCCCGGGGAGCUGCAGCAUUACUGCUUGCUGAGGGCGCUGCAGAAGGCGCAGCUGGAGCUGGACAGGAGGGAGGCGGAGAUGGGGAACUUUUCCGACGCGCAUUGGCGGAUCCGGGUGAAGGACGCCCGGCUUCAGACGUGCAUCGAUGAGGACUGCGACUGGCUGGAGAGGCUGCGCCACUGGGGAAACAAGACUGCCGUAGCUAGAAUGGCUUCUUUAAAUGCAUAGACU